AUGACUUACAGCAAGACUGAUGAGCUCGCAAUCAACACCAUCCGAACCCUCGCGGUCGAUGCUACGCUCGCGGCGAACUCCGGCCACCCGGGUGCGCCCAUGGGGAUGGCCCCGGUUGCCCAUGUCCUGUUCAACAAGUUCAUGACUUUCAACCCGAAGAACCCCGACUGGGUCAACCGCGAUCGUUUUGUCCUCUCCAACGGUCACGGAUGCAUGCUCCAAUAUGCUCUCCUCCACCUUUUCGGCUACAAGUUGACCAUCGACGACUUGAAGAACUUCCGUCAAGUCGACAGCAUUACCCCCGGCCACCCCGAAGCUCACGACACUCCUGGUAUUGAGGUCACCACUGGUCCUCUCGGCCAGGGUUUCGCCAAUGCCGUCGGUCUCGCUAUUGCGCAGGCGCAUACCGCGGCCGUCUACAACAAGCCCGGCUACGAGCUCAUCAACAACCACACAUUCAUGUUUUUCGGUGAUGGCUGCGCCAUGGAGGGAAUUGCCAGCGAAGCUGCCUCUACUGCAGGUCACUUGCAGUUGGGCAACUUGAUUGCCAUCUACGACGACAACCACAUUUCCAUCGAUGGUGACACCAAGUGCGCAUUCACCGAGGACGUUCUGAAGCGAUUCGAGUCCUAUGGAUGGCACACUUUGCACGUCGAGAACGGCGACAGCGACCUCGAAGGCAUUGAGAAGGCUAUUGCCGAGGCCAAGAAGGUCACGGACAAGCCCUCAGUCAUCAAGCUUACCACCACCAUUGGUUUUGGUUCCAAGCUCCAGGGUACUGGUGGCGUUCACGGCAAUCCCUUGAAGGCCGAUGAUGCCAAGCAGGUCAAGGAGAAGUUUGGCUUCGACCCCGAGAAGACCUUCCAGGUCCCCCAGGAGGUCUACGACCAGUACCACAAGCACGCUGCUGAGGGUGCGGCUGCUGAGGAGGAGUGGAACAAACUCUUCGAGAAGUACGGCAAGGAGCACAAGGACCUCCACGCCGACCUUGCUCGCCGAUUGACUCGCGAACUGCCAGAGGGUUGGGUUAGCAAGCUCCCCACAUACAAGCCUUCGGAUCCUGCCAUUGCGUCCCGAAAGCUUUCCGAGAGCGUCUUAGAGGCCAUUCACGACGUCAUCCCUGAACUCAUUUCUGGUUCCGCAGAUUUGACUGGUUCCAACAACACCCGCUGGAAGAACGCCGUUGACUUCCAGCCCCCGAGCCUUGGUAUCGGCGAGUGGUCUGGUCGCUACAUGCGAUAUGGUGUCCGUGAGCACGCCAUGGCCGCCAUCAUGAACGGCAUGUCUGCCUACGGCACCAUCAUCCCCGCCGGUGGUACUUUCCUCAACUUCGUCUCAUACGCUGCCGGUGCCGUCCGUCUCUCCUCGCUUUCACACCAGCGUGUCAUCUACGUUGCUACCCACGACUCUAUCGGUCUUGGAGAGGAUGGUCCCACCCACCAGCCUAUCGAAACGCUUGCCCACUUCCGUGCUCUGCCCAACAUGAUGGUGUGGCGCCCCGCCGAUGGUAACGAGACCUCGGCUGCCUACUACAUGGCUCUCACCUCCAAGGAGACUCCGUCCAUCCUUGCCCUUACCCGUCAAAACCUGCCUCAGCUUGAGGGCUCAACCAUCGAGAAGGCCAUCAAGGGUGGUUACGUUGCUGUUGAGAACGAGAAGGCUGACGUCACCCUCGUCUCCACUGGUUCGGAAGUCUCGCUUUGCUUGGAGGCUGUCAAGACCCUCAAGGACCAGGGUCUUACCGCACGUGUCGUGUCCCUACCUUGUUUCGAGGUUUUCGACGCCCAGUCCAAGGAUUACCGCCUAUCUAUAAUCCCCGACGGUAUCCCCACCCUCAGCGUGGAGGUCAUGUCCACUAUGGGUUGGGAGAAGUACUCUCACGAGCAGUUCGGCCUUAACAGGUUCGGUGCUUCCGGUCCUUAUAAGGAGGUUUACAAGAAAUUCGAGUUCACUCCUGAGGGCAUUGCCAAGCGUGCUAAGCUCACCGUCGAGUUCUACAAGGACGUCAAGCCCCUCCGCUCGCCUCUCAACCGUGCUUUCACUCAGCUUAUCUAA